AUGAUGGACAUGACCCGACCAUUUAUGAAUCCGAAAGGUCUCAGUUGGUUUGUCACGGCUCUGUUCGUCGUUGGUGAUUUAGCCGGUGGUGGUUUGGUGGCCUUGCCUACGGCCAUGAUCCAGUCAGAGUUUUACCCCGGAUUGGGCAUUUCUGUUGUCAUGAUGGCGGUCGUCACCUAUACGGCUUACGCACUGGGACUCAGCUGGAAUAUUCUACUGAACACAUGGCCAGAAUAUCGAGAACAUUGCCGGAAGCCAUAUCCGGAAAUCGGUUAUCGAGCUAUGGGCAAAGUCGUCAAGUGA